AUGAAUCGUCAACGUGACCAUGGGAGCAACGGACAAUUGGCCCUGAUGCAAGCCAACCGCGAGAAGAAGAAGCUGCGAGACGACAACACUGAACUCGAGCGACGAUUGAAAGAAAAAGACCGGGCAAUCACUCAUCUAGAAGACGACCUUCGCACCGCGAAGGAGGAAAGCGCGAAGCAAAUCCAAGCAAUCCGCAUUGAAGCCCAAGAGUCCGACGAGCUAAAAGAUCAACUCCUCGCCGCUGGUACAAAAGCUGUACAGGAAGUGCGAAUCAAGAUCGAGGCUGUGCAAGCCGAGAAGGCGACGAUCACGACUCUUCUCCAGGCCCGCGAGAAGAAUCUGAUGGAGUUGCAGGAUGCUUGGGUUGAAAAUGCUCCCGAUCAUACACGCGCGGCGCUUGAGCGCUUCAGUGAGCGGAGUUUGGGAUUUGUCAAGAGCCUCAAAGCGGAUGUGAAGAUGGAGAGGGCGACGGGACUGGCGACGAGUCAGAAGUUAUUGGCGAAACAGGCUGUGGUUGAUGAUCUGUACGAUCAAAAUGCCGCAUUGCAUGCGAAGAGCGAGCGGGACAGUAAGGCGCUGCAAGAGCUGAGGCGGGCUCGAGAGGAGGAUCAGCGGACGGUGAGAAUGAUGGAGGGAGGGAAGCGGGCUGCUGAUUUGCGCGCCGAGGAGGCGAAGGGGAUUGCUGAGCAGCAGGAGGUGAUUAUCAAACGCCUCUUGCAGGAAAACGAGCGGCACUUCAGCGACUUUCCUUAUGGAAACGGCUGUUAG